GGGUAUGACACCCAUGGUUAUGAACAGAAUGCAACAGAUUCCAGGAUCGCAUGGCCCAGAUACAGCUGGUUUUUCGCAACAUUUUUUUGGACCGGAUGGAAAGUUGCCACCACAGAUUGCGAGACCCAAUCCCCCUAACUUUGGACCAGGGUUUGUCAAUGAUUCUCAGAGAAAACAAUAUGAGGAGUGGCUUCAGGAAACUCAACAGCUUCUUCAAAUGCAACAGAAGUUUUUAGAGGACCAGAUUGGGGCCCACAGAAAAUCUAAAAAG